GAGAUUGAGAAGUGAUGGCAGGAAUGAUUGACGGAUUAAAGAACCACUGCUAGAUAAGAAGCGCAGCGGCCAGGAAGAGCGAAUAAGAUGUUGAUAGAUGCUAUUGGGAGGGAUCGAGAGCGGAAGAAGCAAAGGAGGCGAGCUUCUAACCUAACAGGAAUAAAUCAAGCAUGGAGAGAUAGAGCACUGUCACAUUCUGGAUUCAAGGAGGGCAAACUGCCAGUGAAGUAUUUGGGUCUUCCUUUCCAAUCAGAUUGUUGCAUCAUGUGCAAUGGAGGCCCUGAAAGGAAGUGCUAAAUCAUUUGUUUCCUAGUAUGGUUUGGCCUGCUGAUAGGGAAGGAAUGCUGAGGAAGAUCUGUGAAAUGGCUCGAGAAAAUUCAUCUGAUUGGGUUAUGAUAGGCUACCUUUGGAUCUAGGCUGCGUCUACCCUAUAUAUGGCGAGAGCGGUGCUGCAGAGCUUUUUCAGGGAAUAACAAGGAGUCCAGCGGAUGUGUGCAAGAAGAUUAGAGAUUAAGAGAGUUUUUACAGUUUAGGAAAUAAGGAAUUUGCUCAAGCAUGCAUUGAUGAGCACAUCCUUUUUAUUCUCUUCUCAAUAAUGCUAUAUUGGACCA